ACAAUGUUUCGUAGGAUGGUGAAGGCGUUUUGUCUCUGGCUGUCAACCCUCCGGGUGGAUUCUUUGAUGUACCCGGCCACCAUAAGCCCCCAAGACCCCACCCUGCUGAUUGGCUCGUCACUCACGGCCAACUGUUCGGUCAGCACCGAAUCGAACCUGAGAGCCGAGGAUCUCUACUGGACCCUGAAUGGCCGGCGGCUCCCAGGGGAGACCUACAAGGUUGUCGGGGCCACCACUCUGAGCGUGACCCUCUCAAACCUGAAUGGAUCCCAGCAGCAAUCGGGGGACAACUUGCUCUGCCAUAGCAAAGACGGCGGCGUCAUCUUGGCUGGCUCAUGUCUCUUUGUAGGACUGAAACCAGAAAAACCAACCAACAUCUCGUGUUGGUCCAAGAACCUGAAAGAUCUCACCUGUAGGUGGACACCUGGCACAGAAGGAGAGACGUACCUCCACACAAACUAUACACUUAAGUACAAACUGAGGUGGUACGGCCGUGACAAUGCUUGCCAGGAAUACCACACGGCUGGCCCAUAUUCUUGCCACAUUCCCAAGGACUUGGCGCUUUUCACACCCUAUGAGAUCUGGGUGGAAGCCUUCAAUCGGCUCGGGUGGGCUGUAUCGGAGCGGGUCAUGCUUGAUAUCGUUGAUGUCGUCACGACCGACCCACCGUCCGAUGUCCACGUGAGCCGCGUUGGGGACCUGGAGGACCAGCUGAGCGUCCGCUGGAGCGCACCUCCGGCCCUCAAGGACUUCCUCUUCCAGGCCAAAUACCAGAUCCAAUACCGAGUUGAGGACAGCUCAGAGUGGAAGGUCGUGGACAACAUGGGCAACCAAACUUCUUGCCGCCUGGCCGGCCUGCGACCUGGCACGGUUUACUUUGUCCAGGUCCGCUGCAACCCCUUUGGCAUCUACGGUUCCAAGAAAGCCGGCGUCUGGAGCGACUGGAGCAACCCGACGGCCGCUUCCACACCUCGGAAUGGACGAACACCGGGUGUCUGUGAGCCGAAAACUGGAGAACACAACAAUACCCUGCGGCGAGAGCUCAAGCAGUUCUUCGGGUGGAUGCGGAAACACGGCAGCUCCUACGGAUGCGCCAACCUGAGCAUUAAAAUGUACGAUCAGUGGCGUGUCUCGCUGCAGAAGUCACACAAAGCGCGGAACCAGGUCCUAUCCGGCGAUAAAUCCUAGCAAAAUGCAAUGGCAAGACAAAGGGAAUCCCUCCAGCCAGCCUGGAUGCUGUGCCCAGCUCUCCGGUCGAGAGGACAACCAAGGGGCUGCAAGAUGAGGCAGAAUCUUGCACCAGAUGGCCACAGAACCCCGCAAGAUGGCAAGCUGCCCCUGCUUCCUGCCCCCAAAUAAACCACAGCCAGGUUCCCCUUCGAGACCCAGCUUUCCUCAUCUCACUGCUUGGCCGUGUGUAAAAACGCCACAUUUGGAAUCAAGCAUUUAUUCCCCCCACACAAAAUUCCCAUUCAAAUUGCCUUAAACUGCCCAGAGAACGUUGGCACGGGGCAGAAUAGAAAUGAAACUAAUUCUAAUAAUGGUGGUGAUGAUGAUAAUAUAAUAAUAAAAAUUUGGGUCAUCCCAGCACAAAGCAGCGACAAUCCCCCCCUCCCGUUAAGCCGAGGAAAAACGAAAUUUCAGUUCACCCCCAAAAUCUGAGAAGAGGAAACUGAUCCCAGCGUUUCGAAAUCUUUGUUUGCGUGCCUGUUCUUUUCAAAAUAAAUUCUUGAUGUGUGGUUUUGUCUUUC